AUGCUCGCUUUACACAUUUGCUUGUUCUUAACACUCACUAAUGUCAAAGGGGAAUCGAACGAUCUACAAUUCUUAAACGAACUGUCUCUAGAUAAAUUGAUAAGUCUAAAAUCGUCACUCCAUGAGCUGAUCACUACACCAGAGAAUGUAACUUCUCCUCCACCAUAUCUGCAGAGUUUUGGAGCGCAAGCGAUGGCCUUAAACGCACCUCCUGUCAAAAGGAUUGACUACGAAGCCAUGCAUAAAAAGGAUAGUCCGAGCAAGUUAAGCAAGUUAUUCACGACGUCGGUGACGACACUAGCGUUUUUGGCGUUCGGUGGUUAUUUGCUUUGUUUGUUAGUUCAAGCUGUGAAAGCCAAAGAUAUGAAUAAUCCAGCGACUAUGGUGCCGACGGUUUUAAUAAGUGCCGGAAUUAAGAACAAGCCUCAGAGCCAAUUUGCGUCGUACGGCAGAAGCAAGAGGAAUAUCGAUCGUUUAGAGAGAAGCGUGAACCAACUGGAUCCUCCUGCUGAUCAGAUGUUUGAGGUUCUGUUGCAAUUGUGUGAAGGUUACGCCAAGUGGAGUGAGCGGUACGGUGACGUUGGUGACUAUUGA